UUCCCUUCUUGCUUUCACCUUUGGGUGGACGCUACAUACGUGAUUUGACAUUGAAAGCACAAGACUAUUUGUUUGUCGCUUUGUGCUCGCGAUCCAUGAGCCUUCUGGCUCGGACGGAUCUUACGAGCUCGGUACGAAGCUUGUAACACACACACACAUCCAUCACAGAACAGCGCAGGAGCGAUGUCAGAGGAGCACCAGACCAACCUGUCCUCGCGCUACGAGCAGCAGCUGCUGUCCGGCGACACGUCCAGGCCGAGCGUCAUCCCCGCGGUGGUGAUCACGGGCUUCCUGGGCAGCGGCAAGACCACCCUGGUGCAGCACAUCCUCAGGAACAGGUGGCUCGGGGGCGGAGCGGGACAGGGGGCGGGCCGGACAGGGGCCCCUGUGCACCCCAGCCCGGCCGGGGGAGCAAUGUGUGUGUUGAGGAAGCUGUGGCGGCGAGUCGGAGCGUACUGUGCUGUGAUUGCGGGAAGUGUGCGCGGGUGUGCAUGGCGGCGGGGCUGGGGGCGACACGGACCCGCGGGUCGGGAUGCACUACACGAGCAUGCACUGCGCUGACGUCACUUUGCCACGUUCUGCAGUGCCUGCCCUGCCCUGCCAAGCUUUGUAAACCUUAUGACCUCCCUGCGCCUUGCGGUGCUGGUGAACGAGGUGGGGCACAUCGAUGUGGACUCGCAGCUGCUCAACGCCAAGCAGAGCAACGCGGCUCUGGGUGUGCCCGCCUCCGACCUGUCGGGCGGCUGCGUGUGCUGCUCGCGGUGGGAGGACCUGCAGGCGGCGCUGAGGCAGCUGAGGGAGCCGGGGGCGGCAGGGGGGGCAGCAGGGGGGGCAGCAGCAGCAGCCGGCCCGCCCUGCGACUACUUGCUGGUGGAGACCUCCGGCGCUGCCGACGCGGGCCCCCUGGCUGACGCGCUGGUGGCUGGCGGCUUCCGGCUGGAUGCGGUGGUGGCGGUGGUGGAUGCGGAGGCGGGGCGGGAGGCGCUGCAGCUGCCGGUGGCGCGGGCGCAGGUGUGCUGUGCGGAUGUGGUGGUGCUCAACAAGUGCGACCUGCUGGCCCCGGGAGCUGGCGGGGGAGGGGGAGGAGGGGGAGGGGGAGGAGGGGGUCUGGGGGCGCUGUCGGAGCUGGAGGAUGCGCUGAGUGAGAUGGCGCCCGGGGUGCGGCUGCUGAGGGCGCGGUUCGGAGAGGUGAGGGAAGGGUGCGGCUGCUGAGGGCGCGGUUCGGAGAGGUGAGAUGAGGGUGGGGGAAGGUGAGGGGAGCCGCACCCGCACGUCGCGCCUGGGUCCCUCCCAGUACCAGCAACCUGCCCCCUGCUCACUACACCGGCAGUUACCUCGCCCUACCCCGUCCACUUCACCUCACCUCACCCCAUCUCACCCACCGCCCCCAGGUCCCGCUGACUGCCGUACUAGAUGUGGAGCCCGUCGGUGCGGAGGAGCAGGAGGCGGCGGGGGGGAGGGCCCCGCAGCAGCAGUACGGCAGUGGGGCCGGUGGGGCGACUGGG